AUGUUGGUCUGGCAGGUUUGGAUCGGGUUGGCAGCUGUGCUUUUCUUUCCAGUGCUGCUCGUGCUGGUGAACGUGAUGAAGAACAGGCGCAUCAGCGGCGAGCUUCGGUGGGACAAGCUCUACAUGCGCGCCGUCGUAGACGACGAGGAGCACUGGAACCUCGGAUGGCGCCUAGAGGACCUCGCGAAACAGACCCUCAACCAGCGGGCCAGGAUGGCCGUUCUCCUAGAAACCCUGAAAAACACCCCUUUACCCGACCUCAAGCACAGCGGCGUUUUCUCUAUCCCGAAAGCUGCCAAGGCUGCGGCGGCGUGGGUUGGCGGGGGAGGAGGUGGGACCGGGGACGGUGCGCCAAGGGGGGCCGAGGGGGAAGAGGAGGGGGGGGGGGUGUCCAGGGCGGUUUCGUUCUCCAAGGUCUUUGCGGAGGAGGAGAACUUGAAUCGCGUGGUCGCCAUCUCGUGCGCCACGAGACCGAACGUGUAUGUGCAGGUGGGCAUGCACCCGAUGGUAGCUUCAGCGGAAGCUGGCUGCAAGGUCUACUCCGCGGCGACUUCGCUGGACCCCCACGCGCUCUUCGAGAAGAUCGAGCUCGGUGAGGGAAGAUUUGCCCUGCGGGCCUUUUCCAACCGAAGGUUCCUGCGGGUGGUACCCCCGCCUCCUACCACCGGGUGGAGCGAUUGGACUGUCUGGGCACUCGAGGUCGGAGCGCCAGAGGUUGGCCUGCCGGAGGUGUUCCAGAUGCGCGACGGUAUGGUGUACAGCGAGGUCAUGCACGGCUACCUCUCGUGCUCUGGGGCUGGGGCAGAAGCGGAGGUGAAGGGCUUCGUGGGAGAGUACUUGUGGCAGAACGAGGAGUCGUACCAACUCAUCUUCGACCAGGUGUCCCACGAGGCCGUCGAGCGAGCGAGGCUUCUGCGAGACGUGUCGAGAGCAGUGAACUACAGGCAACAGCGAGAGGCCGACGAGUACAUCGAGGCGGCGGAGCGCGACGCGGAGAGAAGAAACAACAGGAAGAGAAUAACCAUCGCCGUGUGCAUCCCGAUGACCAGCCGGGGCACCUUGAUGAACUCCCCCUACGACAGCCCCGUGUGGACGCACGCCUUCAGCACGUUCCUGUCUAGCACGGACUUUGGGCAUCCCAGGUUCCGGUUCCACUGGUACUUCGGGUUUGAUGCCGGCGACCCAAUCUACGAUGCCGCUGGCGCUGCUGCGCACCUCCACAAGCAAUUUGGCAAGCUUGCGAUAGAGGAGUUCAGAAGGCAAGGUUUGACUGCUAACGACGUUGAGCACCGCUGGCGUGACGGCAGCUUGAGGCUCAAGGCUAAGCACUACCUGGGAAUGGAGCACGCGCCAUCGUACGUGGUGAGCGCCCUCAUGCAAGACGCCUACGACGACGGCUGCGACUACCUCUACCAGAUCAACGACGACACCCUCAUCAACACGCCGGGCUGGGCGGAGGUCUUCACCUCCGCCCUGAGAGACAACCCGCUAGGGAGAAACGUGGGCGUGACCGGCCCUGCGGACACGAACAACCGUCGGAUCCUCACGCACGCUUUUGUUCACAGGACUCACAUCGACAUCUUCGGCCGCUUCUUCCCGCUAUCGUUCAAGAACUGGUGGUCUGACGACUGGAUCUCCAACGUCUACGGUCGCGAGCACACGCUCAGGGACCACGCCGUGACGAUCACCCACGACGUGAGGUCGCAAAAGGAAGACGCUCCCAACCGCUACGACGUGGACACGAGCGCCGAACGUUCCCUGCUGAAAGAGCUCAAGAUCGGAUGGAGCGGAGCGCCGCCCCGAGAAUUUGGGUUCGAACGCGAUGUCAUGUGACUAUGGCGCCACCAGAGAGGUACAGCAGUAGUCCCGCAAGGCCGUUGGCACGUCUACUUUUCAAGGAUGGGGGGUGUCCCUGCCGUCGCAGUUUUAUUUGGUCGGUACUGCCGGGGUGCUGCCGGGCCUCCCGCUCUCCACGGGCCCUAAAGUAUGGCAAUAAGCCGAGACCCGCUGUGCUUAGGGCGCACUAUUUUUUUCUGGACACGGUGCCGCAUCCCUCCAGCUGCCCGGGUCCACUGCGACAUGUAUGCACAGCAGUCGUUCCGAUUGUCUCCAGGCCGGCGAAAAUGGAGGGGUCUUGGAAGUAAAAUUCUUGGACAACCAGAACACUUUCAGGCAGGGAGAACGGCUGUGUUUCGGUCGCUUCGGACCUGGAAAUAGAAAUGGUUUCUACUUCACUGUCUGUAAGGAUGGGGGUCUGGAGCGAGGGAGUGGGUUUUAGUCGGUUGAAAGACGAGCUUCCGGCGAGGAAAUUAUGCGGCCGAGUGGGGAUAGAUAGCGUCGGGGAUAGCCCGACAUUUUUUUUGGUACGAUAUUGCUAUCGCCGUUUCGCUCUACGGCAUAGGGUGGUCAUCAUCGAUGUGAAUAACUUGAGAGAAGGCUAGCAUGUAUUGCAGCUAAUUGCAGUGCAUGUUUAACAUCACUCUUCUGCUUUCCGCUCUGCAGUGACCAACACAUCGAGCCAUGGCUACGUAAUGCAGGAGUGUCUCACGACCUCAAUUGUUUUUCUUCGUACGUUGUGUUUAUCACUCUUGUCGAUCUAUGGUAAGGGUGCGCUCUCUUCCCCUGUCCGUGAAGCGAAGCAUGAGACUAUGUAAGUUUUUCGUUGUUGCUGUUUUUUUGGAAACCCUUCUCUUCGCUGGGACAGGUAGAGAAGACCGGGGACGAUAUGUGGCGACAAUGUUAGACUUCGGACUGAGGGUUGUAUUGACCGUGUUAUGUGCUCGUUGAGUGCGGUGGGAGCCUGGAACGUAUCAAUAGUGCCCACAAUACCGGUGAAACGAGUCCGAAGUUUGCUGAGCUCGCAGCACGGGUAGGGAUGGUUGUUUGCUUGUCGACGUCUUUUAGUGUGUGCUCGUUUGUGUUUGUGAAAUUGUAGGAGUGAUUUGAGUAGAGUGUGGUAUUUUUAUUCUGUUGUUGCAGGGCCUGU